AUGAUACAGCCUGCUAAAAAAGUUGCUCCAGCUCCAUUCGCUACUAAGAACAAAAAAGCUUCAAGUGGUUCUAAAAACCCAUUAGCUGAAUCCAAACCAAAGAAAUUUGGUAUUGGUCAAAACAUUCAACCAAAAAGAAACUUGUCAAGAUUUGUUAAAUGGCCAGAAUAUGUUAGAUUACAAAGACAAAGAAAAGUCUUAUCUAUGAGAUUAAAAGUUCCUCCAGCUAUUGCUCAAUUCCAACACACUUUGGAUAGAAACACUGCUGCUCAAGCUUUCAAAUUAUUCAACAAAUACAGACCAGAAACUGCUGCUCAAAAGAAAGAAAGAUUAACUAAAGAAGCUGCCGCUAUUGCUGAAGGUAAAUCUAAACAAGAUGCUUCUCCAAAACCAUUUGUUGUUAAAUAUGGUUUAAACCAUGUUGUUUCCUUAAUUGAAAACAAAAAAGCUAAAUUAGUUUUAAUUGCCAACGAUGUUGACCCAAUUGAAUUAGUUAUCUUUUUACCAGCUUUAUGCAGAAAAUUAGGAAUUCCAUAUGCUAUUGUGAAAGGUAAAGCUAGAUUAGGUACUUUAGUCCAUUUGAAAACUUCAGCUGUUGCUGCCUUAACUGAAGUUCAACCAGAAGAUGAAUCUGCUUUAGCUACUUUAGUUUCAACUGUUACUGCUAACUUUAAUGACAAGUUUGAAGAAAACAGAAAACACUGGGGUGGUCAUAUCUUGGGUGCUAAAUCCCAAGCCAAGGCUUCUAAAAGAGCCAAAGCUGCUGAAAAAGCUUAG